UUGACGAAUGUCAACUGCUGCCGUGUGAACAUGGUGGGAACUGUACUGACCAUGUUGCAUAUUUCACGUGUAGCUGCCCUGAUGGAUGGGAAGGGAAGACCUGUGCACUUCCGUACAACUAUUGUAACAACACUAUAUGUUACAACAAGGGAGCCUGCUACAGCCUCAAGGAUACGUUUUACUGCAGUUGUGAGGCUGGCACCCAAGGAACACGAUGUGAAACCUCUCCCCCGGUGUGUGACCGUAUCAAGCUGUGCACAGACAAAGGCAGAUGUAAUAAAUCGGGAGGAACUGCAAACUGUACUUGUGAGAAAAAUUAUACUGGGGUGUCGUGCCAGCUGAUUAAAGAUUCCUGUUCCGCUGAUCCCUGUAAUCCGGGAGGAAGCUGUAAAACUCAGACUGUUGGCUACAGCUGCGAAUGUAUGAAUGG